UCCUCGCCGGGCGGUUGACGCGGGAGCCUCGCGGCGGCGGGCGCCUGCGCAGAGCGGCGGGCGGCGGUGAGAAUCCGCGGCGAUGGAGCGGAAGCGCAGCCCGGAGAGCGGCCCGGAGGCGGGGCCGGACGACGGGGACCCGGCGGGGAAGAAGCGGCUGCUGCUGUGUGCGGACUUCACCUCCGUCGCCAGCUGCGAUGUCGCUGUGGCGCGGCGGUACCUGGAGGAGAACGCCUGGGAGGUGGAGAGGGCGCUGAACGCUUACUUCGAGCCGCGAGCGGAGGAGGGCGCCCUCCCGAGCCGCCCCGCGACCUCGCCCGCGCCGGGGUCCUGUGUGGACCUCACCCUCGAGGAAGCGCCUGACCCCGGGGGCUCCGGGAGCGGCUCCGCUGGCCCCCCUCGGCAGGAAGACGGCAGCGCCUUCUCCCUGGUCACCUGGAACGUGGACGGGCUGGACCUGAACAACCUGUGGGAGCGGGCUCAAGGGGUGUGCGCCUCCAUCGCUCUGUACAGCCCAGACGUGGUAUUUCUACAGGAAGUCAUUCCCCCGUAUUACAGCUUGCUAAAGAAGAAAGCAAGCAGCUAUGAGAUUAUUACAGGUCAUGACGACGGGUAUUUCACAGCCAUAAUGCUGAAGAAAUCAAGAGUGAAAUUGAAAAGCCACGAGAUCAUCCCUUUCCCAAACACACAAAUGAUGAGAAACCUUCUGUGUGUGCAUGCGAGCGUGUCGGGAAACGAGCUGUGCCUUAUGAAUUCCCACCUGGAGAGCACCCGGGGGCAUGCGGAGGAACGCGCGAAUCAGUUUAAAAUGGUUUUAAAGAAAAUGCAGGAGGCUCCAGAGUCGGCCACCGUUAUAUUUGCGGGAGAUACGAACUUAAGGGAUCAAGAGUUGCGACGUGAGGUUUCUCAGGGCCUUUAUAGACUUAGAACCUGCCUUCCCCCCGUGGCCCAGCUCACGGCAGCCGGAAAGCGAUCGGACAUGGAGAUUCUGCUCAGGUCCCCGCGGCAGCUCCAGGGGCAGGAGAGCGGUGCGGUGAGGACUCUGCCCCGGGAAGGCAGCUUCCCACGGGAGGAGGCGGCUCGGCCUCCUGGGUGCGGUGUCCCGGCACGGUGGCUUCUGUCGGCUGUUCACAGAUUGAUUGUUUAUGGCAGCGGUUUCUGGUGUCUGGUUGAGGGACUGGAUGACUUCAGUUCCGCUUUUCAACAAAUGGUGUUCGAAACUGAUACCACGUGCAGGACUGUGAAGUUGGGCCUUGACGUCCUGUAUCGCAGUCCUCGGCGUGGACCAAAGGCCUAACGUCAGCAAGAACGAGGGGAAGCGUCCUGACACGGGCGUGGCGGUGACUUCUUGAGCAUGACACCAGCAGCACCGACAGCCGCGAGCAAGGAGGGAGGUGGAUGUCGUGGAGAUAAACUUGUGUGCGUCGGUGGAGUGAAAAGGCGACGGGGGGGUGCGGGGAAAUGUUUGCACAUCGUGUAUCCGACAAGCAGCUCGUGUUCAGAACGUGUAAAGAACGCUCACAAGAAAAGCCAACAAUAAGAACCUGGUUUCUUUUCAUCCUCUUCGCUUCUUGCCACUUACUGAGCUGGCUGCGCGCCUCACAAAAUGGAGGCAGUGAAGGACUUCCUGCCACAGCCAGGCCAACGCGUGCCACGUUGUCAAGAUCAAGAAAAAGCAGCGUAGUGUGACGUUCAAAGUCCAAGCAGCCACGACAGGAGAAGCUGGAGCCGUGCCUGCCCCAGGUUACCAAAUGCGGGGGUUUACCCGGCAACAUCUCGGAUGUCUGGGAGUUUCUGGGCAAACCUAAGCACUGCCAGUACACGUGGGAUACGCAGAUGAACUCCAACCUCGGCAUCCGGGCCACCUGUAGGCAUCGCUUUGAUCGGAUAUUUUUCCGAGCGGCAGAGGGAGGCGGCCACAUCAUUCCCCAGAGUCUGGAUCUCCUUGGGCUGGAAAAGCUGGACUGUGGCCGAUUUCCCAGUGACCACUGGGGCCUUCUGUGCACCUUGGACGUCAUACUGUGAAGUGUUUCCAAGUACAGGUCACAUGUCCUGAGUAGCUUUGUGCUGGAGAUUUGCACAGAGAAUUCCUGCCCAUCUGGAAAGUCAGGUUUAAUAUGGAAGAAGGAAUAUAUUGGACCAUCGGAAGAGAAGGGAAAACUGUGUUUUGUGUCCUUAGGUUUCAGAACAAAGUGUUAAUGUUUAUUUUGAGGGAAUGUCUGUGUCCAGAAUAUGAGGUCUCCUGGUGAGAGGGCUGAAGGCUGUUGCCUGUCCGCAGUGCUCAGGGCUGCUGGCCAGAUCGCACUGCCUCUGGGCCAGCCUUUAUCGUUGAUUCAGCGUAGAAAUCAGGAACCAAAGUAAUGAAUGUUCUGAGUCUUCAAGAGGGAGAACCGGGAGGCCUCUGAGUCCUUGGCGCUGGGUCUUCGGUACCAGGUCCUGAGCGUUGGAGCAGGUGACAGCUGCCCUGUGUCAGUGACCCGCCUCAUUGGUGGGCUGUACGUGAACUCGUGAGCUAACGUUCCUUCACUGAAAUGCACAUUGGUAGCUGUGGGACCAAGAGCGCCAGGUUGGGCGUGACGGGAUGCAGGUCAGUUUACAGCAGCUCCGGGCUGGUUUUCGAGAGCUGAAGGCUGUGAAGAGAAACGGCCUAGUUUUGCUGUGCUGAAGUGGGUUACUUUACAAGAGGCGGGAGCACUUAAAUGUGCUUUAAGGGAACAUUUUUUCCCGUAAGAGAGAGAUACUUUAAGUAAAGAAAUGUACUUG